GAUUGGCUGGGAGGUGCAGGUUGGAAGGAUCCUCAUUGGUCCAAGAGCUCCAGCUUGUGAACCCUCCCCUCGCCCGGUUGCCGUGGUUGCAGGCCCGGCCCGCCUGCUCGCUCGCUGACAGCGAGACUUAGGGCGGAGGGAACUGGGUCCGUUGGUCGGUCGGGAACGAGGCUCCAGCGGCCAGGCCGGUGCGGAGCCGUUACCAUGGCAGCCGCCGCCGGGGGCGCGGACGACGGUCCGCGCUCGGGCCGCUCGAGCUCGGAUGGCGAGUGCGCCGUGGCGCCGGAGCCGCUGACGGAAGCCGAGGGCCUCUUCUCCUUCGCCGACUUCGGGUCUGCACUGGGCGGCGGCGCGGGCCUCCCUGGCCUCCCGGGCCGGGCGUCCGACGGGGCCCAGUCCCCGCUGCGCUACCUCCACGUCCUGUGGCAGCAGGACGCGGAGCCACGCGAUGAGCUGCGCUGCAAGAUCCCCGCCGGCCGGCUCAGGCGCGCCGCCAGGCCCCACCGCCGGCUCGGGCCCACCGGCAAGGAGGUGCACGCUUUGAAGAGACUGAGGGACUCUGCCAAUGCCAACGAUGUGGAAACAGCAGCUGCUGGAAGAUGGCACCGAUCCCUGUGCAGCUGACGACAAGGGCCGCACGGCUCUCCACUUUGCCUCCUGUAACGGCAACGACCAGAUUGUGCAGCUGCUCCUGGACCACGGGGCCGACCCCAACCAGCGAGACGGGCUGGGAAACACGCCGCUGCACCUGGCGGCCUGCACCAACCAUGUCCCUGUCAUCACCACACUGCUACGAGGAGGAGCCCGUGUGGAUGCCCUGGACCGAGCUGGCCGCACACCCCUGCACCUGGCCAAGUCGAAGCUGAACAUCCUACAGGAGGGCCAUUCCCAGUGCCUGGAGGCUGUGCGGCUGGAGGUGAAGCAGAUCAUCCACAUGCUGAGGGAGUACCUGGAGCGCCUGGGGCGGCACGAACAGCGGGAGCGGCUGGACGACCUCUGCACCCGCCUCCAGAUGACGAGCACCAAAGAGCAGGUGGAUGAAGUGACCGACCUCCUGGCCAGCUUCACCUCCCUCAGUUUGCAGAUGCAGAACAUGGAGAGGAGGUAGCGAGGGAGGCCCCCGCUUCCUGCUCUGCCACUGCCCCCCGCCCCUCUGAUCUCUCAUUACAAAGAAAAGCUGGGUUUCAGGGACUUUGAGCUACACUUCUCUGGUGAGGACCCUGCCCUCGCCCUCAGAGGCCAGGGGCAGAAAUGUUCUCCCCACCACCUCAGAACUGCUCCCAACCAUAGUCUCUGUCCCAUCUCUGCGGGCCGGGACCACAGCCCCUAGCUGCUGCUCCAGCUCCCACAGCACCAGCCAGCUCUGCAGCCACACGCACACGCUGGCCCUUCGUGCUGUCCUGCUGGGCCUCACGCAUCCCAGGGCCUCCCGGGGCCCUGUCCGGCCCCGGCGCCGAGCCUUCUCUAUGCACCUUCCCAGCCUCGGGCUUGUUGCCGUUAGCUGACUUGGGGCAGGCACCCUCAGGCACCCCCUGCCAGCAGGCUCCAUGGGGGCCCUUGUCUGUCCCCGUACCUUUUUCUGGUGCUUAGGUUUAGGCUCAUCCCAACUUUCAAGGAGACAGUGCAGGGAGUUCUCUGGUUGGAACAGAGGGUUGGUGACAUCCAACAAGGUUAGGAAGGACCC